AAUGUGACGGCACAAGCGCUGGCAUCCUGCUCUCCCUUGCUCUCUGGCUAACGGGAGCUCCACAAAAUUUCCCCCUGUUUGUUGUUGGGCGCGCACGCACACAGGAACUUGAACCCACCACACCGACGAGCGAGACAGGGCGAGUGGAGCCCCGUCAAGUGGGAGCGGGACGGAGCAAGAGCGCCAGGCGGAGCAGCGAUAUAGGCGCUGCGCUGCGAGAAAGUUGCGGGCCCGUCCGCAGAGCGCCAUCGUCUUCAGCGGAGCACACACAGCAGCUAGGUGUGCUCUUCCUGCAGCGCCAGAUAUUGUAAAUAAUUAACAGUAAAAACUCACCACCAAAGAAAGUAAUAACCGAAAACGCUUAAGCAAACCAAAGAUGCAUAAAUCUUAACCAACAUGAUACAUAGCCAAUAUGUAUAUAGAAACUAGUAACGAUAAUUAAAGUAAACGCGAGGAAUUACACCGAUCCCGGCAAGCAAAUGUCCGGAUAGGGGAGCCGCCACCUGACCAAUGGAUGAAAAUGCAGCCGUCGUCGCCGUCACUUUCGCCGUCGUCACUUUCGCAUCGCUUUUGUCAGCAGCAACAGCAGCAGCAGCAACAGCAGCAACAGGAAAAAUCAGAGAAGCAGCAGCAGGAUCAGAAAGAGCAGUUCAAGCUGGCCGGAUUCUCGCCCUGCCACGCCCACGCCAAUCGAACGCCCUCGGUCGGUACGGCAGCGCUGCCUCAGCUGGCGUCGACGCCCGCACCGGCAGCAGCGGCCUAACUUGCCAAACCGAAAGAAUCCCACUUCGAAAUAGCCCAUCUAGACCGCAGCAACAGAUAUUGCAUCUGCGACAUAUAUUGCAACUGCAACAGCCAAAAAUAUUGCAGUUUUAGCUGCGGCAGCAACACAAAUUGCAGAUCCAACUGCAACAGCAACAGAAAUCGCAGCAACCUCAAGGAGGCCAACGCACAGAGAAACAGCUACGCAUAAGGCAGCACAAAAAGGCGCAGGAUAGACCGGAAGCGGAAGGACCGGAAGAAGGGCGGGCAGCGGACACAGGCAAACAAAAUGGCGGAUGGUGGGCAUUCAUUCGUGAAGAAGACAUUUCAUAAGCCAACAUAUUGUCACCACUGCUCGGAUCUGCUCUGGGGCCUCAUCCAGCAGGGAUAUAUCUGCGAAGUUUGCAACUUUAUUAUUCACGAACGAUGUGUCAGCAGCGUGGUAACGCCCUGUUCCGGCAUCGCUCCAUGCAUUAUAAAGAAUCCCGUUGCCCAUUGUUGGUCCGAGCCAACUCAUCACAAGAGAAAAUUCUGCACAGUCUGCCGUAAGCGAUUGGAUGAAACGCCAGCGGUGCAUUGUUUAGUCUGCGAAUAUUUCGCGCAUAUUGAGUGCCAAGAUUUUGCCGUGCCCGAUUGCACCGAGAAUGCCACUUAUGUGCCGGGCAAGGAGCUGCUUAAUGUGAAGCAUCAGCAUCACUGGCGAGAGGGCAAUCUUCCAUCAACGUCCAAAUGCGCCUACUGCAAGAAAACCUGUUGGUCCUCGGAAUGUCUCACUGGCUAUCGCUGCGAGUGGUGUGGCAUGACGACCCAUGCUGGAUGUCGCGUGUACCUGCCAACCGAAUGUAAUUUUGGUAUUCUACAACCUAUCUACUUACCUCCGCACUCAGUCUCGAUUCCGCGCACCGAGGUGCCCAUCGAGGCCAUUAUCGGCGUCCAGGUCAAAUCGAAGACUUCGCUCGUGCGUGACUACUCGUGUCCCAGUCCGGAUUUGAGCUGCCCGAUUCCGGGUGCGGGAUCGGUGUCCCUGGCGGGUCUCAGCCUGAAGGAGCUGCUCGAGCUCCACAGGCAGAGGCGCGAGCAAUCGAAACAACAUUUUCUCUUUUCCACACCGCCCACACCCACCUCCUGCGGCUCCAUCUCGCUCUGCCACUCGCCCACGCCCUCUUGCCUCACAGUCGGCGAAACGAGCAACGAGGCGGAGCAGGAUCGCAAUCGGGAUCGGGAUCAGCCGGAGGAGGAGCCCGAGGAGGAGAACACGGAGCAGGACAGCGCGCUGCAGCUGACCACGUCCACGUCGCAUGUGGUUGGCAAUCUGCAGAAGUCGCCCUCGGCCAACUCCUCGCUGCACCUGCUCUACACGAAUCUCUUCCGGAAACUGGGCCAGGGCAAGCGGAGGCGGAAACGGGGCUCCUCCGGCGGGGGCAUCUCGCCCAGCGAGGACGAGGACGACGUAGACGGCGGAGUCUGUGAUAUAAGCGGCGGCGAUCUGAGCGACGACUACGACCACUGCGACGUGGCGCUUCGCCGGCGAUCGCUGCGCAGCCGGCAGCCACGGGACGUCAGCGAGACGGACUACCACGGCGAUGCCGAGAUGGAGAUGGAGACGGCGGAGACGGCGCCGCGGGAGAGCUGCUACGAGACCUCGGACACGGGCGGAGAGCUGACCAACACCGACGACCUCGACAGCAGCCUCAACCUGAUCAGCAACCUUAGCUAUAAUAGUAGUAAUAACAGCAAUGCCUCGGGAGGAGCGGCUGCUCCGUCCGCCAAGCCAACCACCACUGCCCCGGAAAAGUCCGGACACGCCUUGAGCGUCCAGGGCGGACGCCAGCAACCCAAGACUGGGGCUCUGGCCCAGGCCAAGCCCAAGCCCAAGCCCAUACUCAUGGCCAAGCACAAGGCGCCGGGCAAGGGCGGCUCCCUCAGCUCGCCGCUGUCCAACUCCAACUCCAGCGACUGCUCCUCGGCCUCGCCCUCGGCCCCGGCCACCCUGCUCCAGCUGUCGCCGGUGGGGAGGAGCAAGUCCUUCCAGGAGUCGGCGGCCAUUACGGCCGUCGCGCGCUACAAGAAGUACGGACGCGGCCUGUUCCAGCGCCGUCGCUCGAAGAGAUCGCCCAAGAACGCCGGCGGAGCGGGGGGCAAGAGCAACUACAGCCUGGACAGGUUGUCGCAGAACAUCGAGAUCACCAUCCAGGACGAGGAUGGCAACUACCAGGCGUACGACGACAACUACCACACGCUGGCGCGGCGACUGGACGCCACCGAUGUGGACGACGACGUGGGCUUCGAGGAUCUCUACCUGGACGAUCGGCCGAGCGGGGUUAGCGGGGCCAGCGAUGACCUGGCCUUCGCCGGCGACAUCAGCGACGGCGGGGCCAGCAGUCGGUCCAGGGCCAGUGACGCCAGCGAUGGCCAUGUCCUGGGCCGGCUGCUCCGCCAGGUGCGGCAGGGUCUCUCCGUCGGCUGGCGCAAGCCGCGCUACCAGAAGCGCAGAGCACGCAGCAUAUCCGAGGAGUUCAGCAGCGGCGACACACCCCGUUUUAAGGACGAGGAGUCGGCCAGCAAGACCGAGUCGGGACAUGGACCCAGUAGCAGUGGCGCAGGUGGCGGCGGAGCAGGAGGCUCGUCGGCAGCUGGUGCCUCGGCAUCGGUCGCAGGCGGUUCCUCCGGGCACUACAGGCCCGAUUCCGGCUCCGGCCACAAGUCGGAUAAGUCGGAGAAGGAUCGCGAGAAGAAGGAGAAGGAGCGCGAGGAAAAGGAUAUAGAGAUGAUCAAGGUGUUCGAUGGCAACAACUCAUUCCGACGCCAGCAGUACCGGGUGAUCAUCGUGCAGCGCACCUACACGCUGGAGCAGCUGCUGACCACCGCGCUGCGGGCAUUCCACAUUACGCGCGACCCGCAGGCCUUCUACCUGACCGACCUGUACGCACCGGCCGGCAUGGAGGACACCCCGAUGCUGGAUCCCACGCCCGUGCUCAACCUGACGCACCUGGAGGGCAAGCGGCCGGCCAUUUACCUGCGGUUCCAUGACCGCGACCGCGGCCAUGUGCGCGUCUACCCCGGCAAGCUGCAGUGCUCGAUGCUGGAGGAUCCCUAUGUCAGUGUUCCUGUAGAUAAUAGCACAGUUAUUAAGGAUUUGAUACGCGACGCCCUGGACAAGUUUGGGCUGCAGGAUAACCAAAUACAGGACUACAGAUGCUCGGAGGUGCUGCUCGAUCGCGGGGUGACCGAGCGCAUCUUGUCGUGGAACGAAAGGCCCUGGGAUAUUAUGAAGCAGCUGGGCAAGGACUCGAUUCGCCAGAUGGAGCUGAUGCGUUUCUACAUGCAGCACAAGCAGGAUCCGCACGGUCCCAACAUCGCGCUGUUCGUGGGCAAUCUGCCCACUGGUCUGUCGCAGCGCAACUACGAGCAGAUCCUCAACAAGUACGUAACCGACGAGAACAAGUUCAUCAGCAUCGGACCGAUCUACUACGAGUACGGCUCCGUGGUGCUCACCUUCGAGGACUCCAUGAAGGCGGUUCGCGCCUUCUACAAUCUCCGCGAGACGAUAAUCGAGGACAAGAAGCUGCUGGUGCUGCUGCUGCCGAACAUUGAGCCCAGCAUGGUGCCCUCCGAUGUGAGGCCACUGCUGGUCUUCGUCAACGUGAAGUCCGGUGGCUGCCAGGGACUGGAGCUGAUCUCCAGCUUUAGGAAGCUGCUGAAUCCCUAUCAGGUCUUCGAUCUGGACAACGGCGGUCCUCUGCCUGGAUUGUAUGUAUUCCGGCAAAUAACCAACUACAAGAUUCUAGUUUGCGGCGGCGACGGCACCAUUGGCUGGGUGCUGCAAUGCCUUGACAAUGUGGGCCAGGACUCGGAGUGCUCCAGUCCACCAUGCGCCAUAGUGCCGCUGGGAACUGGCAAUGAUUUGGCUCGCGUUUUGUGCUGGGGCUCCGGCUACACCGGCGGCGAGGAUCCACUGAACCUGCUGCGCGACGUCAUCGAGGCGGAGGAGAUCCGGCUGGACCGCUGGACGGUUGUCUUCCAUCCGGAGGACAAGCCCGAGGAGCCGGCCAUGAAGGCGCCCUCGCAAACAACCGGUAAGAAGAAGAAGGCACACCAAGCACACCUAUCGCAAUCGCAACAAACCAAUCAGCAUCAUCAAUUACCGGCUCUGACAUCGAGUGAUAUAUCAGGUGGUGCCCAGAACGAGGACAACUCACAGAUCUUCGUGAUGAACAACUACUUCGGCAUUGGAAUAGAUGCGGACCUCUGCCUGGACUUCCACAAUGCGCGAGAGGAGAAUCCCAACCAGUUCAAUUCGCGGCUGCGCAAUAAGGGCUACUAUGUGAAGAUGGGCCUGCGCAAGAUCGUAGGUCGCAAGGCUGUCAAGGAUCUGCACAAGGAGCUGCGCCUGGAGGUCGAUGGCAAGAUUGUCGAAUUGCCACCCGUCGAUGGUAUCAUCAUCUUGAAUAUUUUAAGCUGGGGCAGCGGUGCCAAUCCCUGGGGUCCCGACAAGGACGACCAGUUCUCCACACCCAACCAUUACGAUGGCAUGCUGGAAGUGGUGGGCGUUACGGGAGUGGUCCACUUGGGUCAAAUCCAAUCCGGAAUUCGUACGGCUAUGCGCAUAGCCCAGGGCGGUCAUAUCAAGAUACACCUUAAUACUGACAUGCCCGUUCAGGUGGAUGGAGAGCCUUGGAUCCAGAGUCCCGGCGAUGUGGUCGUCCUCAAGUCGGCCCUUAAGGCCACCAUGUUGAAAAAGAACAAGCUUAAAAUGAAACGCCGGAACACGGAACCCACCAUGAUGGUGGCCGGCUCGGCCGCCCCCCAGUUGUCCUUGGCCCUGCCGCCCAGUGUGGGCGAGGUGGGCGUGGCCGGGGAGGGCGCCGAGGGCGACGGCGGUACGAACAACACGGAUUUCUGAAUAUGGUACAGCGAGCGUCUGAUUUAACGUGCUAAUUCCAGCGCAGAACCAAAAACUGCACCACCCUACACCCCACAGACACCCCCACCCACGAUAAGCCCACCCGAUCCCCCACCCAGUCAGCAGCAAAAGCAGCAAAAGCAACAAAACCAACAAAAGCAGAAGAAGCAUCAGAAGCAAAAGGAGCAGGAGCAGAAGAAGAAGAAGAAGCAGAAACCACAUAGUCCAUAGUCCACACUGACCAAACAGCAGGCAACUCGAAAAUCAAAAGCUGUAAUCAAAAUUACUUGUAUGAAGGAGUCCAGUCCAAAAGAUUAGAUCGAAUUAUAUCGAAUUUCGAUCAGUUAUAGCAGCUCAGCGAACCCGGCCGCCGCCUUUCCACGUCUGUAAUAAGUACGUUAAACUCAAACAGCUCGAAUCCCCACAAUGUCCGCAAGCAGAAAGAGCUGCGGACAGACAGAAAACUAAACUAUGUAAUUCAAAUGUUAAACACAAAUACAAACAAUAGAGGGUAUAGUGUAAAAGAAGAUAUUCAAUUUCAAAACACUCAGCAAUAGUCUGGCCAAAGUUGUAUCAAAUUCAAGUUCAAUUAUGUUCCUUCUCGUUUUGUUCCUAUGUAAGCAACAGCAGAAACCGAUUAGUGAUACCGUUAAACAGAGAGAAGCGCAAACAGUAGUAAAUGAAACAGGGAGAAUGAAAAAAAAAAAAAAAACAAAAAACAAAGAGAAGCAAAGCUAAAGCUAGAGAAACCCAAAAAAACAACAAAACAAAAAGUACAAAAUUGUUGAAAAUUGUUUGUUAUAACUAAAUGAAAUCGCGUAAAAACCAAGUGAGAAACCCCAAAUUAUGUCAAAAAAAAAAAAAAAAACAAAGAAGAAGAAGAAAUGCUUUUACCAACUAGGUAAAUAUUGUUGUGUUCCAGCGAAACCAACGAGAACAGAAAAAACACCCAGCCAGGUCAAGAUACAAACGUGCAGCAGAUGCGGGAAAAUUUAUACGAAACUUUUUUUGUGUUGUGUGGAUCGAUUUGAUAUUGAAAAUUUGGAGAGGGGAAAAAGCUGCAAAUUGCAUAGUUGGCUAAAUACUAAUUGGGACGAACAAAAAUUGAAAACCGCAGGCGGGCUUAGCUUGUCCUGUUUGCCAUUGAAUUAAAUAGAACACCUUUGGAUUGUGCAAUUGGUAUGAAUUUUCUCCGCUGCUGUGCGUCCAAAAAAAAAAUAAAUAAAUAAGUGAAACCACGCGAAAUAGUAAAAUGCAUUUUCGAGAGUAGGUAACGGCAUCGCAAGUAUUUCACCUGCAUUUGUCUAAAAAUGAAGAAAACUUAUUUUGGAUGUGAAAUCCGACUAGUGGAAUGUGGAGACGCAAAAUCCGAAAACUACAAUUUCAACUUUAAAGCGCUUAUAAAGAAAACAAUUUUUGAAAGUUUUAUAACUAAUUUUACAUUACGUCUUAUGUGAACGACACGCCAACCACACACACACACACACACACACGAAGCCAGGGAUGUGGGCCAGGGAAGGGUCGAGUGCGGAUCCCCCGCCCUAGCGACUAUGCGCCUGCGCACUCGCCCCAUCUCUGGCACACUACACGAGCGACGACGUGGCCCAGUUGGGUGCGGGAAUAGCCGGAUCUCAGAGGGCGGGACGCACCCGGUUGCCGGCCCGCCGCCCACACAAGGUCACACCGAGAGACACACGCCCACGAACAGACCAGAGUUUUUCCCCCAAGCCGUCAGACACGCACUGCCAUGGAAAGGUCACGGAAAUCGCAUGGCAGUGUUCACCAAAAUCCAAAUCCAGGCCCAUUCUGCUGGCCCCGCCCUCGGGUCCGGAUUCGGCUUCCGGACAGGUGGGUGGGGUGGCGGCAGGGCGGGAGUUUGAGCUUAACACACCAAAAAAAAUGAAAAAAAAAAGAACACCACCACCCUUUGCGUUCGGCAAAUCACCUCCGGCUGCGAUUAAGGGGCUCAGUGCCUGGGGUUAAUCGGAGCACACUCGACCGAUUUCCGUGACAUACGUCUCUGCUCUUCCGGCAGAGAUCGGAGGACGCGCCCGGUGCCGCCAGUCGUCGGCUAUGCAAUGGAUUGAACGAAACAUGCGCCAGAGCCAAUUCUUAUAUUUGAACCA